AUGAUAUUUGGAAAGAAAGGGAAGCUUAGCCCAAAGUAUAUUGGACCAUAUGAAGUAUUGCAAAGAAUAGGCAAAGUAGCUUACAGGUUGGCCUUACCUAUGGAGCUAAGUAAAGUCCAUGAUGUAUUUCAUGUAUCUCAAUUAAGAAGGUAUAUCCCUGAUAAGUCACAUGUGCUACAACCUGAAACUAUUGGGUUAGAUCAAAGCUUAACUUAUGAGGAAAGACCUGUCAAGAUCCUUGACAGUAAAGUGCGUCGUACACUCAAUAAGGAAGUUAACAUUGUUAAAGUUCUAUGGUCUAACCAAGAGUAUGAAGAAGUAACUUGGGAAGCCGAGGAUGAGAUGAAAAAGAAGUAUCCUGAGUUGUUUAAGUUGUUGCCUUGUUCACUGGUUGUCUGGUUGUUGCCUGUUACAUGUAACAUGAUUGUUGUUUUAGUCUAUGAUGAGAACAUUCAUUGA